GUGGCGUGAUAACAUGCAGACUUCGUUCGCCGGGAGACAUGGACCAAGCGAUGAGGCUGAAGGAGACCGAGAACCAGAAUCCUCUCAACGGUCCAGCGUCCUGCCUCAACAUACACAACGUGGGACAUAGGGACCGAAACAGAAACGAAUCGUUGUCAGACAAGCCGCCAGAUACUACCAUCAUCAGCACCACGCAAUGGACCACCAACUACGUGGGGACGCAGAACUCGCCCCUGUCGGCGCGCCUGACGACCAGAGACCUCCAGCGCUUGUCCAACGAGGGCGGCCACUUCAACAACAACAUCGCGGCCACCUUGCAGCGCCAGGAUCGCCGCGCGAGCUACAGCGGCUCCUCCGACCUGCUGUCCGAGUCCUCGCCAGAUGACAGCCUGGGUGACUUUGAAGAGGCGCAGCAGAGCUGCAGCUCGCUGGACGUCUCGCCCGCCGGCGACGAGUACCGCUGCUUCAGCCAGGACGACGACGAAGACGACGAUGACGACGACGAGGACGACCUGAGCAACUCCGACUCGCUGUCCGACGACGGCAACCUCGGCAAGACGAGGCGCCGCCGCGGCAUCGUGAACCCCAACUACCCGGGGUUCCAGCACCUCGCGCACCGGCUGCAGCGGCGCGACGACGAGUCGGAGAGCGACGACGGCGACGUCGACAACGCCUACAACAACAACAAUAACAACAACAACAACAACAACAACGGCGACGAGGAGGACGAAGAGGAGGCGCGCGCGCGCGCCGAAGGACCGCAGAUCGACGUCAGCGUCAACCACCUGGACAGCGUGGAGAACUUCCAGAAGGCGUUCUACGACAAGCCCAAGUUCGUGGACAUUGCGCCGGAAGCCGAGGGCUCGCCCAAGGACCUGAACGUGCCGGUGGACGACGCCGAGGGGCUGGGGCCGGAGGCGAGGGGAGGGCCGGAGGAGUCCUCGCCCGCCGCGGGCAUAGACCCGGGGAAGCUGGUCGACGCCCCGCUGUCCGGCGCGAGGGAGGACUCCCCCUGCCCCUGCAAGGAGGAGCGCACCGCGAGGGAGGCGGAGAAGGACGAGGACGUCUCGAGGAGCUGCCCGGGGGCGGGGCCGGGGGCGGCGAGGCGGCGGGAAGGCGGCGGCAGGACCGCCAGCAGGAGGUCCGUGCCGGCUACCAAGGCCCGAACACCGGCCGAGAUACUCGGAGGCUUCGACGUGUACAACAUCGAGACGGCGAUGCCGAAGAUAGACCUGGAGGCCAUCGAGGCCCACCUGCGAGCCGCUAGAGAGGAGGAGAGGCGGCGCCGCAAUGACAGGGAGGAGAUCCGCAGGCGGCUGGCCAUGGGCCCCGAAGCGGACGAGUACUACGGGGGCGAGAGGCCGGGCCGGAAGCCCAGUCUGCAGGCUCGGCUCCAGAGCGGGAUGAACCUCCAGAUAUGUUUCAUGAACGAGACGGUGUCCGACACAGAAUCGCCGAGUUCAGACACAGAACCCAGCCCGUCGCCUGUGAAGUGUGACGUCGAGAAAACGACAGUUCCUCAGUGCCAUUCUCUGCCCAGCGUCAAGGCUUGCCUGCCGCCGCUGUCGUUGCCGCUGCGCCGGGAGCCGCCCCCCCAGCAGCCCCUGACGGAGGCGGACUUCUUCGCGCGGCAGGCGCGGCUGCAGGCGGAGGCACGGCUGGCGCUCGCGCAGGCCAAGGAGAUGGCGCACAUGCAGAUGGAGGUGGAGCGCCAGCGCCAGAAGAAGAGCCCCAUCACCGAGAUGGUGCGCUGCAGCCUGGAGAAGGUGGGCAUACCUUUCCCAGAUGACAGACGAAGAGUCAGCAGGCAGCUGCUCACGGAGAUGAAUGUAGCGCAGUUACAAGUCAUAGUGAACGACCUUCACACACAAAUAGAAGUUUUGAAUGAAAAUUUGGUUAAGUUCUUAAUGGAUAGAGAUGAUUUGCACAUGGAGCAAGACUCUAUGCUGGUGGAUAUAGAGGACCUCACUCGCUACUUUGGCGCAAAGGAGCAGACGGCGAAGGAGCCCAGAGAGACGCAUAUGCCAACGCACAACAACAACCACCACCACCCGUUCCUCUCGUUGACAAAGCCCAGGAUAAACAGGAUAGCGAGCCUCGUCAAAAAGUAACCAUCGUCCGCCGUAGCAGCGGGACGUUCCACAAAUGAUACAUUUAUGUGUUUCCUGGUCGCCAACACGCCGGACUGGCACCAUGCUGCUGACUUCUCGAUGUUGGCGACCGUUUGUCGGUUCGUGUUCACUAACCUGUUACCCCCCUCCUCCCCAGUUGUUUAAGUGACGCUCCUCACGCCAAUGCAGUGGCGGAACAGAGGUAUUAAUUAUGUGCUGCGUUUCUGCCGAUUGUUCGCGUGAAAGUGAUUGCUGUGGAAAAACGAGUGUAUGAAGAAAGAAAAAAAAUUGUUUUGCAGUUUAAAAACAAAAAAGACAAAUUUGAGGAGUUUUUAGUGUUACUGCAAAUUUUUUUUUCCAGCUGAUAGUUUAUGACUUUCAUAUGGAAGUCAGCACCCUUGUGAGGCUAAAUCAUUUGGUGGUAACACUGAUGUACAUACUAUAUACAUAUAUCUGUAAGAUGUAUAUUGUAUCUCAUAUUCCUUUGUGUACAAGUCACUCUGGAAAAAACUGUCUGUGUUUUUGGCCGCUUGGUAUGUCAAUAAUGUGAUCUGAUGUCACUCUUCAGGAGCUUUGCAACAAAAAAAAUUGUUCAUACAUAGCUGCAUUUACGCAAGUUUUUCCAUAAGUGUUUCAAAAUCCUUUUAAAGUAAUACAUAAUUCACUUUUUUUUUAUGUAUACUCUUGCCAUGGAUAAAAUAUGGAUUGGUCAGAAAUGAAAACCCAAGGAUCUCCUACUGGGUCAUUUAUUAUGUACAUUUAUGGUAUCUUAAGCGGGACAUUGUUAUAGAACAAGUAAUUGCUUACUACAGAUCAGCAGAUGAUAGUUUUCAGCUUGUGAGCGGUAGAGCUUUGGAAGUUUUGAGACUGCAAAUUAAGUGAGAAUGUAUUUUGAAAUUGUUAAAAUAUGUUUUUAAUGCUGUGUAAUGUUCCUUACGUUAUUUCAUAAUGUUAAAGUUUUAGUUUAAUCUGCAUUCACAUAGUUUCCCUACAGCAAAAAAAAAAAUUGAAUUUAUUAUUCAGAAAGGUGCCUUGUAAAGCACACACAUUUAUUACAUCUGCUGCCUUUGUUCGUACAGCUAUAAAGUGCUUAUCUAAAAAAAAACCUUAACAACACUGUGUUGCAGUAUAAAGCAAAUAUCACGUACUACCAUGAUGUCAAAGCAAUGAUAACAGGUAUCUAAGAGGGUUUUGAGCGGUAUAUGAUGCAAGUAAGUGUCCAUGAAAUUUACCAGGAGAGAAGUGACUAGGGUUGAUGAUAUAUUUAAAACAUAACUGAACUUCGCCCAUUGUAUUUCAUUUGAUUUCUUGACAUAUAAAAAACUAAAUAAAUAUACAAUGUAUAACUAGUAUCAGUAUCUGUUGUGAAUUAUUCCUUUGAACUUAAAUUUCAGUUAUGUUAUGAAUAGAUUUUUCUGCUUGAAAUUGGUUCAUUCAUCAUGUGCAAAUUAGCUUAUGGCAUGUUUGUAUUUUACUACUGUAUGAAGAAAAUAUUUAUAAAUAGAACAUUAUAAAUUAUUUAAAUGUUUGGGCUAAAGUAUUGCCAGCAUAGUUAUAUGUUGAAACUAUUAUUUUAAAUACAUAUUUUUGUUAAUAUUAUUUAAAAUUUAGUGCAACAGUUAGUGAGUGAGUGUAGUAAACACUCAGAAGCUUGGUUGAUUUGAACGUUGCUGAUAUUUGUUUAGGAUUGUGGUGAGAAGAUUGCUAGAGAAUGUCCCUUUCACCCAAUUCCAGUCUUAUACAGCUUGGGUAAAAGUGAUUUUGGACAUCAUUUUUUCACUUUAAAAAAUUUCAAGUGAGCAUUGAUAAUUAAUAUGCCAUUCUUAAAUUGUACCCUGAACUUUGUGAGGAAUGAUUAAUAUUUCAUGUGUUUCAAAUUGAUGGUCUAUUUUUAAAUUACCUUGUGUGAAUUUUAACACAAUAUUUUUUAAAAAAUAACUAUUUAAGACUUUGCCAUUCAUUAUCCUAAAUACUAUGUAUUUGUAGAUUUAAAUAAAAGAAUACGAUGGAACCUAAUUAGAGUACUUUUUUUUAAGAAUUUCUUACUUAAAAGUUAUGCAUAAUAUAUAAAGCAAUUCCUGUUAUUACCAAAGAAACCUGAAAAUAAUAAAAACUGAACAAAUCAGAAACUUGCUCUCCUUGAAAGUACAAUUUGUGAUAUGGCAUCUCAUAUCUCGUGGUACAGAUAUAUUUCAGAUACCUACAAGAUAAUGUAUAUUUAGUAGUAGUACUUUCAUUAUUAAGUACCAACACAGUGUUUUUUUUUAAAUACUUUGAGAAUUCACUGUAAUAAAUAACAUUUUUUUAUGGUCUGUUGUAAUCAUUGGAGAUUUGUGGUAAACCAUAUUUUAAUGAAUGGAUCCACUAAAUCAUUUACCAUCAUGUAUUAUACUUUUACCAUCCUUCAUGCCUAAUAAAUUAGACAGAACCUGCAUGGCUCUCACUGUGAAAUCACAUGUCUAAUUGCAUGACGUUUGUGUAUUGCAUACUAAUAUACAUUGUAAGGUACUAUUGAAAUCAUUUCAAUUCUUGACUCACAAAUGAAAAAUAUUAAGACACAGAAGACUCUUGGUUUAAAUAAAAAAUAAAAAGCGCAUGCCUAGAUUUAGAGCUAAUAAUGAUUUAAGACAUCAAACCCUAAUCCUAAGAAUUUCUAAAAUUUUUUUAAUUGUUAGUAAAUUUGUACUCCAAGUAAAUAAUUACUCUCGUGUAGAAUGUGCUCAUGACUUAUGCUGCAUUCAUUAAAUCAAUAAUUCUCAUAUAUGAAGCUCUAUUUUAUUUUAACUACAUAAAAAUCUUUUUUGUCACAUUACACAGAAGUGAAUGGGUCUUUUCAUACAGAUGCAACAGAUUUAUUGUUAUUAUUAUUAUUAUUAGUAGAUAAUAUUAUUUGCUUUAGUGAAACAAAUAUUUAGGUAUUGCUUAUUAAUUUGUCUUUUUCACUCGUUAGUAAUUUUUUUCAAAGGCAAAGAGAGCAAAGUUUUUCAAAUUUGAUUUUCCACCAUAAUUUCCAAGAAUUAAGGGAAAACUUUUUUUGGUCCCCAAGUGAUCAUUUGAUCAAGAACCUUUAUGUGUGACUUGAUUUUCAUAGCAUGUGUGCUGGUUCUAGUACUGAGUACUGUUUUAGCUACUACACAUUGAUUUAAAUGAUUAAAAAUAAUGUUGAUCCAAGUCAGUUAAUAGUACUGCUCAAUAAGUUACUAGCUGGUGCACUCUGUUACAACUGUAAAUGAAAGUGAGCAUAUGCUUACAAAUGAGAAAUCUUGCACACAAAUAGAAUUCAUUAAUUACAUUUUGAAAUUAUUACUUGGUUGUUGGCUUUUGUAAGUUAUGAUCAAGUCCAUAAAUAUUUUGUUAUUCUUCUUCACACUAUUAUGUUAAAGACAUGGCCAGAAACAAAAUUAAUAAUAAAAUAUUUAUAAGUAAUCAGAACUGUUUAUUUGUGUUUGAAUGGUUAAUUGUUAAGGGUUUUGUGACUUUCAAAAAACCCAGAAAUAUUAUUCUGUAAAUUUGAGGUAAAAUUUUUGUAUCUGUAUUACUAUUAUUGUAUUAUACCAAACCUACUUACUAUCUUCACUGCGCAAGUAUAACACUGCAGCUAUAAUAGCCACCGAGGCCCCAUUGAAAUACUAUACGUUUUGUAUGUAAUCUGGUAUUUUUAAACAUAUUACUCUUUUUGGAAUACAAUUCACUGAAUGUAUAGAAUGCACUUAAUAUUAUAGAAUAAUACUCAGUUAUAACAUGUUAUGAGCAGAUAUUAUUCUUUAUGUACUUUAAAAGUAUUACACCUAUAUAAUUCAUUGGUCUGGGAAUCAGGUUGCAGUUCAUACUCAUGUGUAUUGUUUUUCGCUAAUUAAGAAAGAUGUAAUGAAAAUUGUACGUUUCUUUUAUAGAAUUUUGUUUUGCAAAUUACCGUAUCUUAAAUCUAAAACUAUAUAUUUCUAAUUGGUUGUUUUGAAAUUUAUGUCUUUGCAGUCUAAAAUUCUUGUGCAGAAAUUCAAGGACUCUUAUUCAUUUUGUAACAAAUUAUGUUUUGUUGGCAAAUGAAGAUAUAAAUAUGACAAGGUAGGAAAUUAAAGUUUAAUUAUUCUUCUGGGGACAUACUAUUUGUAAAGUAAUGUGUGUUCAGCAUUUUAUUUAAUAAGUUAAGUUUGUACUAAUGCUAGUUCUAUUCCUGAGAGGUAAUCUUUCGGAGUGUAUCCAUUCAGAAUACGUGCUUCAGAUUUAUGUACAUAGACACUUUUUUCUAAUUCCUACCCAAAGAUAUGCUUGGGAUAAACAAUGAUGACAUUUAUCAAAGAGCCAGGAGUUUGGAUACUUUGAUACGCUGAUAGGUACCUGUCGGUACUACGCCGAAUCAAUAGUAUCGAGUUAGAAGGAAGUCCUUAGCAUUUUACCCCACAUACUGUUGUGUCUUAACUGUUGCUCAGCUUGACUUGUUGAAAAAGAAAGUAUUAUAAUUGAUCCCAAAAGAGUUGAAAUGCUAUUCUUUUAUUUUUUUUCAAUAAAAAGCAUAAAAAUUUGUGGAACUUUUAACGCAAUAAAUUUUUUGGUGUAGUGUUAUUUUUAAUGUACACAGCAUAUUAAACAAUAUUUGUUUUUCAUCAAAAUAAUUGUGUAUGUAAAUAUCAAUAUUAUGUUGAAACAUUAUUGAGUAUUGAAAUUAUGGUAUUGUUUAAACCUCACCUUGUAGCAAGGAAAGAUUAUGUAAUAAGGUUAGAUAGAUUUUUAGACAAUGCGUUUUGCCAAGGAAAUGCGUAACAAAGAAUACCUUUUCUAAAGUCGUCACGUUAGGCCACUUGAAAGACUUUACUUUAGUUAGUAAUUGGCAGCGGAAUGUUCGCAGGACGGCUAGUAGGGAUGUGAUUGGACCAGGGGGCUGGCUCGUCACGCCGGGGGCCAGAGCGGGGGAGGCCAAGCACUAGGGAGUUCACCCUUCAAGACGUUUGGCGACAACAGCUUUUUAUUUUCUUGGUCUUGUGUCAAAAGUUUGAGAUUAGUGUCAACUUUAAAAAAAAAAGAGGUGUAGUUUACAAGGCCCUUACGGCAUUGUUUCGGUUCAUAUUGUUGGCUUUGCCAUAACACCAUUCUAACUCAGCAGCUAAUGAUUGAAAUUAUUUCAGUUCUAGUAAUUGCUGAAUAUUACAGAAGAAUUUUCAGUUCAACUUUAUCACUUAAGUAGAAUUAGUGUCAGUCUCAUAUCGAGAAGCUUCCACAAAAAUUUGUUUUGGUAAAAUGAUAAUAACUAUCAGACAAAUAAUAAAAUUAUUGCAAUUUGGUUAGUUUCGAGUUAAAUGGAAAAUUAUGAAUGCACUGUAAACUCUGUAGGUUAUUUUUCAUGCAUAUACGAAAGGAUUUUCCUGGAGUAACGGAGGAGAUCCUUUUAAAAAUAUUGUUAACAAACUAAGAUUAAGAGAAACCAGUUAUAAUUAAUUUUUUUUUUUUUAACACAGAUGAUUGGAGGAAAUAAUUUUAGCACACAGGGGAUGAAGUAUUUUGUAAUCAAGGGGUGUUAUCAAAUAGCUAUUUGAGUGACUGCUGCCUGAGUAAGUAUACUUUGGCCAAAGGAAAAAAAAUCACUAAUAGAUUGAUAAAAAAAAAAGUGAGAUUUAUUUUAUAAACUGAAAGUUUAUCUCCCUAAUAAUACCCUCUGGCAUCAACAGACCAGUAACAAUUUGCACUGUUGCUCAACCAUGACUGUUUUAGUCUUACAUUUAAUAUUUAAUUUCCCUUUAGGUUUGUUUUAAAACAUGGGAGUUUUAGGCUAACAAUUAAAAAUAUUAAAUAGAAAUGGCUGCAGUAGUUUGGGAGUUAUCAUACAAACAUUGCAGACACACAAAUUUUCUUUAAAAAUGCAAUUUAUUUUUAGUAUAAAAAGUAUCUUUAAAGUACUUAGCGGGAAAAUAAAAUCAGAGACAACUUCCUCAUUCUUUGCUAUGUAUAUUUAUUUUUUAACCAUCUGAAUUAAAUGUAUAUUAGGUAUUUUAAGAGUUUCACAAAUUUUGCAAAUGAAAAUUGUCAUUGUAACUUACAUAACAUGUACUGUAAAAACAAAUUUUUAAGGUAUUGUUUAGUGUUUUGUCUGAAAAACUUUCAGUAAUAAGUUAAAUUUUUUUUUUUACUUUUGUGACCUCACGAUCAUUUUGUAUUGUAUUCAUCAAGUCCGUGAUGGUUUCUUGGCAUGGUAAAUGGUGAACUGUCUGAAUUGUAAUGGAGCAUUGAACUGUUGCCUAACAUGCAGACUGUAGUUCAGAUGUGUGAAGUGAUGUCAUAUCAUACUCAGUUAGCACAGGUGUGUAUUAUUUGUAUUAAUGAUCCAGCUGUGUGUCAGUGAGGUGUUCAUGAGAGACAGUGGAUCUCGUAGUGUCUGUAUAAAGUGUACACACACAGUAGGGCAGUGUGUACCUUGCUACUUCCCGUUUGUAAAGGCAAGCAAAAACAUUAACUGUGAACACACAGUCUUUAACGAUACUCCAAGGGCCGAUGCUACCCAUUGUACAAAGUCAUGAAGUUAAUCAUUUACUAUGGUUAAAUGAUGACUUUACAUUACAAGCAACUUCCCCAACUUAGAUAUAGUAAAGUAUUGUUUAUUACAUUCCUAAAGUCAACUCACCAAUGACAGCUUUAUUUUGUUAUUCACGUGAAACGUCUGUGUAACAUGCUGUGUAGCAUUUUGAUGUUUGAGUAAAAACAUGAAAAAAAUAUAUAUAUAUAUAAAUGGAAGACUGAGGAAACUUCGCACAGAAGAAAUUAAUGUUGGGACGAUUGGCUAUCCUUGUAUUAGCCGCAGCUUUAUUGCAAAUAUUGUGAUAUUUGUUUGUAAAUGAAAUAAAUUUUGUUUGCUUCAUUUCGA